GGACCUGGUUUCCCUUUGACCGUGACCGGCUCAAACUCUUCGAGAAGCCGCUGUUGCCAACUGCCCAAAUUCUCGAUUAACGGCACGCUAUCUCUGCGCUUAUCUUCCUUGGAGUGGAUAUCUGUGACAUAUCCGGCACGGCACCAGUCCUGGAAUUCUUGCUAAGCCUUGUCGGCCGCCUCGAUGGAAGCCAUCUAUUUAGACUGCGCGAUACCGCAUCUAUAGUGACGUCCGGUCUCUUCUCCUCCACGAACCGUCAUGGGAGGAACUUGGCGACUGGGAGUAGACACCGGCGGUUCGUUCACAGAUGUUUUGCUUCUUAAGGAUACGGGAGAGACAUGGCGCGCGAAAGUUCCCAGCACACCUGAGGACCAAUCGAUCGGUGUCCGCGCAGGGAUCGACGAGGUGCUCUCCAAGAUCCCUGACGGCGCGAACAUCGAGCUCCACGUCGUGAACCACGGAACGACCGUCGCGACGAACGCCAUUCUCGAGGGCCGGGGUGCGAAAGUCGCCCUGAUUCUGACCGAAGGCUACAAGGAUGUACUGCAAACGCGCAGGUCGCAGGUUCCGGGUGGUCUGGCGGGCUGGAUAACGUGGAAGAAGCCCGAGCCUCUCGCGCCGCUCGAAAUGACGGUCGAGGCUCCAGGGCGGAUUGCCACCGACGGGACAGAGAUCCGGCCGUUCGACGAGGCGGUGUUUCGAGCGCGUCUGAAGUCCCUCAUAGGGCAGGACCCGGAAGCCAUCACUGUCAGCCUGAUGAAUUCUUUUGCCAAUCCGAAGCACGAAGACGCCGUCCUGCGCGUCUUGUCCGAGGUCUUGCCUGAUGUGCCUGUGUCGCUCUCCUCGGACGUUCUGCCGGAGCUGAUGGAGUAUGAACGAGCUGUGACGACGGUGGCCAAUUCUUAUGUCAAACCACGCGUCGCUCGAUACCUGAACAAUCUUCUGCAAUCGCUCAAAGGCAAGACUCAGCAUCUCCGGAUUCUGCGCUCCGAUGGCGGACUGUCUUCUGUUUCGCUCGCCACCCGCUUUCCGGUCACUCUCGCGCUCUCCGGUCCGGCAGGGGGAGUGUCUGGUGUUGUUUCAUCCGUUGCAGCUGGAACGAAGUACAAGAACUUGAUCACUCUUGACAUGGGUGGGACCAGCACCGACGUUGCCCUAGUUGAGAAUGCGACACCUCGGAUCCGCCGCGAAACUCACGUUGCAGACUUGAUUGUUCGGGCUCCUUCAGUCGACGUUCGUACUGUCGGAGCCGGCGGGGGAUCGAUCGCGCAUGUGCCUGAGAUUACCAAAUUUCUGCGCGUAGGACCUGAGAGUGCUGGGGCUGUUCCAGGCACGUGCUGUUCUACUUGUUGUAUUCCGAAGACACUGAAAACGAUCAUAGGACCUGCUUGUUACGGCAAGGGAGGCACCAAUGCCACCGUCACGGAUGCUAAUGCGGUGCUUGGCUAUCUUCCCGAGUAUCUCCUGGGCGGUGCCUUCAAGCUGGAUCUGGAUCAAGCCCGUCAGUCCGUCCAGAAGAUCGCCGAUGCGCUGGGGAUCGGUCUGUUUGAUGCUGCGGAGGGGAUCAUCCGCGUCGCGAAUGAGACGAUGUACGGGGCGCUCCGCUUGGUCUCGGUCGAGCAGGGCUACGAUCCACGUGACUUCAGCCUGGUCGCGUUCGGCGGUGCUGGGCCCUUGCAUGCCAAUGCGCUGGGCAUCCUGCUCCAUUCGUAUCCCGUGAUCAUUCCGCCUUCGCCGGGAGUGCUGUGUGCAUGGGGCGACGCGACCACCGUCCUGCGGCACGAGGAGACGCGCACGUUCAUUCGCGAUCUUGCCGAGACAAACAGCGACGAGCUCUUGCAAGGCUACGCGGAGCUCAUGGCCAAGGCGGGGAAGAUUAUGCUGGAGGAUCAGGGCGUCCCUAGAGACAAACAGGUUUAUAAGUACCAAGCCGAUCUGCGUUAUCUCGGACAGGCGAUCACACUUGCAGUCGACGUUGAUUUCAACCAGCUCCUGCUCGAGGCGACGUUCCACCUGCGAGAACUGUUCGAGAAGGCGCAUGAGAAAGCAUUCACUUACCGGCUGUCUGGCCACGUCGAGCUCAUGAACUUGCGUAUCGUGGUUGAAGAGCAGCCUGCGGAUAUCAAGAUUCCGAAACUCGACCAGGCUGAGGAUCCCAGUCCCCCUCCAGAGGCCAUCGUCAACCGCACGAAUCUCGUGUAUCAGGGCAAGGAACAUAAGGACAGCCCGAUCUGGGACCGGUCGCUCCUCAAAUUCGGGCAUGUGCUCCAUGGGCCCUGUGUCGUGAACGAGAUGGACAGCAAUACCGUGGUCCUGCCUGGAUUCAAGGCUGAUGUUGACGAAAUCGGCAACUUGCUUAUCUGGGAGUCCGGUCUGCUCAAGCCGGUCUCGCACGAAGCUGCUGCGGACGACGAGCUCGACCCCGUGGCGGUCGACAUCUUCGAGUCGGCGCUUCGCAACGCCCGCAGCGAGAUGGACACGUUGAUGAGCAGCUCCAGUCUCUCGCCGGCUAUCCGCGACCAGAUGGAUGAAUACAACGUGAUCGCGGAACCGAGCGGCAAGAUGAUUGUAGGCCAGUUCGGAUCUUUUAUUGGACAGUUUCUGGACCGGUGGAAAGGCACUAUUGAAGAGGGCGAUAUCUUCCUGGUCAACGAUCCCUACAGUGUGGGCGGAUCAAUCAGUCAUUUGAACGACUGGCUGGUCAUGAUGCCCAUCCAUGUCAAGGGAAAGCUGAUCGCCUGGACGGCAAACUUUGGUCACAUGACGGACACCGGAGGAGCCGUGCCCGGAUCGCUGCCCACUGCAGCCAGGACCAUCUUCGAGGAGGGAAUCCAGAUUCCCGUGACAAAAGUCGCGUCACGAGGCGUCUGGAACGACGCCGUGAUGGAGAUCAUCUAUCGAAACUGUCGGCUUCCGGAAUGGAACCGCGGCGAUACUCAAGCGCUCGUGGCGGCGUGCACAUUGGCUGGGCGCCGCAUGCAGGAGCUGUACCGCCGCUUCGGGGACAAGAAUUACUUCGCUGCCAUCGACGAGCUGCUGAAGCGGAACUACGCAGCCAUCAAUGCCAUCAUCCAGAAUGUGAUUCCUGAUCAGCCGGUGUACUUUGAGGACUGGAUCGACGACGAUGGACGGGGUAUUGGCCCGUGGAAGGUCGCCUGCACGAUGUCCAAGUCCAAUGGAAUCCUCAAGCUUGAUUUCACGGGCACCGAUCCCCAGAGCUCGUCCUCGAUCAACUACUACCUCAGCCACAAUAUGUUCAAGAUGUUCGUCGGCAUCUAUCUCGUCACUGUGUUCGAUCCCGGAUGUGUGGUCAACGAUGGGUUCCACAGCCUCGUAGAGCUGCACAUUCCCGAGGGCACCCUUCUCAACCCCGUCCGACCUGCUGCAUUGUCGACAAGGACCCAUCUGCUCGGCCGAGUCAUGGACAUUUUGUCCGGUUUGCUGGGCCAGAACGCGCCUGAAUUUAUGAAUGCCGGCGGAUUCUCUGACUCGCCACAUUUCAUGUUCUCUGGAUUCCGAGAGAACGGUACUUACUGGCAGCUAUACCAGAUCGGCUUUGGAGGCAUUCCGGCCAGGCCGCACGGGGACGGGCCCGAUGGGCACUCGCUGUGGCCGUUGAUGCGAUCAGUCCCCAAUGAGUUCCUGGAGCUGUACUUCCCGCUGCGAAUCGAAGAGUACAACACCGUCCGGGAUUCGGGCGGCCCUGGGCUCUACCGCGGUGGAAAUGGACAGCGCAUCUUCUACCGGUUCCUGGAAGAAGGCGAGAUCUCUGUCCACGACGACCGAUGGCUGUCCAAGCCCUGGGGUGUCAUUGGCGGCGAGCCUGGCGGGCGGUCAUCGAAGAUCUUGGUCCAUUACGGAGACGGAUCCGGCCGGAGAGAAGUGCUGCAAAGCAAGCAAGAUCACAUCCAAGUGCAGAAGGGCGACCUACUUGAAUGGCUAACCUGGGGUGGCGGGGGCUAUGGCGAUCCUUUGAAGCGCGAUCCGGCGUUGGUUGCGCUCGAGGUCCACCGCGGCCUCGUCUCUUUCGACGGAGCGAGGCGCUACGGUGUGGUUGUUAACGACGACUUUUCCGUCAACCAGUCGGCCACCGUGGACCUUCGCCAGCAGAUCCUCGAUGCCCGACCCAAAGACGGCUCAGUAGAGAUCUUCAAUCGGGGCGGAACGUGGGACGAGUUGCGUGCCAGUGCGCUAGCCGAAACCGGCCUACCACCGCCCAAGCCCCCAUCGCAAGUGCCUAUGCGCGGCCCUCACACCGGACUACCUCACAUCCAGGAAUGGAUGAGGAAGCACGGCCAGAUCAGGGAGUAGGAAACACGAAUAUCAUUGCGGCUUCUGUACAUUGUAUCAAUACGAAAAGUCUAUGCCUUGCCGACCUCAGAGUUUGCUGGUCGUGUUUCGCCAGUCGAUGCCUAUUCUUUUUGUACGUUUUCCGAAGCUUGCGCUUGACUUUCUGGCACUUGGUUUGCAGGGUCGGCAGUGCCCGGUGGGAAGUAUUGCGGAAUUAACGUCCUGCAGAGGGUCAAGCGAGGUCAGGGAUUCCGAUCCCCCCAAACGAGACGACAUACUCGUAGACACCCUUGUCUUUGUUGCUCCACACGACCUGUGAGCCCAGUGUCAGAAGUGCACAGAACAAGGCAAGAUCUCGCACGAAGAUGACACGCUCCAGCUUGGUGCCGUCCUCCGAAUCACAGAAUCGCCGCACCACGUCAAGCGCGAUGUGUGUGGCAUCCGCUAUGGGAUAUCCAUAGAUACCGGUCGACACCGAGGGAAACGCCUGCGCAGGAUGAGCAUCGGAUGGACGCCCUGGAAGAUUCAAUGCGCGACGCACGAUAUGUUUCAGAUCGUGCUUGACCGCGAGCUCGAGACUCGUCUGAUAGCACGAGGCGAGCUGUUGGGCACACGCCUCUGCAUUGAGAGAAGAGUACACGGGCCCCACGGUGUGGAUGAUGCGCUUGCUGCAAAACGCGUCAACAGCUGGGAGCCUCGAAGACAGGGACGGAUUAUCCAGACGAACGAGGGUAGUUCGUAGGCCCCGGUGAUCUUGGAUUGACCUGUCUCGCAGCCAUCCAGAGUCAGACCUGGAUGGAAGCGCAAUAAUCUAAGGCCGCGCGACAAAGGACAACUUGACACGACUCACACUCCUCGAAAAGCUGCCUGCCCGCCGCGGAGUGGAUCGCGCCAUCAACUCUUGCGGAGAUCUAAGCGGUGUGUCCGCAGUCGCGGGGGGUGCUGCAAUCACGCACCGCCUCCUCCGCCCUGAAGACUCCGAUUCGCGGCGUUGACGAUGGAGUCGACUUCGAUGGUGGUGAUGUCUCCCUGGCUGCAAGGAUGGGUGGGCGCGUGAGGCGGAGCGCGUGAGUGCACGAGUAGGAGGCGGUCUCACAAGAGCGAAAUGCGACUGAGCAGCUCCUCGUUGCCCGGGUACCGCUCUUUCCCGGCAGGCUUCAGGAUACCCUCUUGAUAGAGCUGCUCGAUGGGUGGCAUAUCCACCAGACAGACAACACGAUCGGUUUCGGAACUCGAGUCGGAAUCGGACAUGGUAGUGUUACACAAGAGUGAUGCAGAAAUGAAAGUACAAAGUUUACAUGUGGUAGUGUAUGCCAAAUGAGAACCGCCUGGACUCUCUGCCAGAGUAAAGGUUAAUAUGAGUUAAGUAAGUUGCGAACGUGAUUAUUCCAGAGUUAUAAGGUGUCUGCGGAAAGAACACAGCAAGGAUCUUGUCAUCAUGGCGAGUCUGGCGACCGCUCAGCGCCACCGCGCUCGGGAUGCAAAGGAGAAUGUGAACGCCGUGGGGUGUGGGCUCGAGCGGGAAAUUCGGGUAAAGGAUGAUCGAGAUGUGCUGCCUCGAACGCAGGGGAACCGGCUUGCGAACGUUCGGCCACCGUCGCAGUCUGUGAUGGCGCCAGCGUCCUAUCGGUAUCGGCUUCCGAUCCCACGGUAACGAUGGGCUGAUUAUCUGGGUAGUACGACAUCCGCUUAGAAUGGGCGAAAUCGUAGACAGUGAACCUGGA